AUGGACAUGAAGCAGACUGCAAUAUUAAUAAUUGAUAGGGAAAACAAUGCUGUUUCAAGUAAAGUUCCAACAAAGCAACAUCGAGUGAUUUCUGUGAUUGAAGAAGCCGACGACGGAAAGGAUUUUAAGACUGUACCUGAAUUUAAUAAUGAUACUUAUAAAGAAUUUUUUCAUAACUGA